AUGUGGAUAAUAGUUUAUUCCCUCGUUUCAAAUAUGAGGUUAGGCACAACGGAGCUGAUCCCAACCCCGUUCUUUUCAUGCCGCCGCCAUUUCCCGACACUUCACAUACCCGCCGGACCCGUGCCGCCGCGCCGCCGCCGCAAUUGGGUCGUCAGUUCAAGUCGUCAGAAACCUCCGAUUGCAAUUUAUGGCAGCAUCAACGACAGGACCUUAAGGGAAGGAAUUUGGCCUACAUGUUUUGAUAUGUUGUGGAAAUGGCUUUCUAGACUUGUUUCCUUUUACUUGCUAUCUCUCAAUCUGGCUGCUGCUGCAGCAUCUGAUUAUCCAACUCCCUCUACUUAUCCCUGUGAGGACAUUAGCAAUUACUAUACUCCCGUAAAGAAUUUAGGAGUAACUGGUGAAGCACUCAAGAGACAAUUGAAUAGCAUCAUUGCCCCACACCAUUCCUUGUCCUACCGAGAGAAACAGGUGUGGGAGGCCCUUAAGGUUCUUGAUGCUGCUGAUGUUAAUAACCCAGAAGCUUCGUCUGAAAUAGUUGAAAUUUACUCCCUGAGAGUUGUCCCAAAACGGUUAUCAGGAAAACCAGAGGGAUGGAACAGGGAACAUCUAUGGCCUCGUUCUUAUGGGCUGACCAAAGGUUCAUCUUUGACUGACUUACAUAACAUUCGCCCUGCUGAUGUAAAUGUCAAUUCAUCAAGGGGGAACAAGUACUACGGUGAAUGCGUUACUAGCUCAACCAAAUGUUUGAGGCCAGCUAACAAAGAAGCUGCUUUCGACACUGAAACAGACAGGCAGAGCUGGGCACCACCUAUGCAGGUUAGAGGGGAUAUAGCAAGGGCAUUAAUGUACAUGGCAGUCUGUUAUGGGUUUCAGCAACCAGGGGGAAGUCCAGGUCUUCGACUCUCGGAUACCCCUAACAUUGAAAACAGAGAGAUGGGACUCCUUUCCACUUUAUUAAAAUGGAAUGAGGUUGAUCCACCUUCAAGAGAAGAAAAACUGAGAAAUGAGAGGAUCUGCAAAAUUUAUCAGCAUAAUCGGAAUCCUUUUGUUGAUCAUCCGGAGUAUGCCAAUCUCAUAUGGAAGCAAGCUUAUUGAAGAGAUGCAAAGCAGGGUAAAUGAGGCGAAAAUUGAGAUAACUGGAGAUGGAGAAGUGGGUAUUGAUCUGAUGCAUUAGGAAAGG